AUGGCCACUUACCUGGAUAAAGCUGACCAAGACAAGCUUGCUGGGGUUGUACAGUUGAUGCUCGAGGAUGACCUCAAAUAUUAUCCGAAACACUACUUUAGAGCCAACGUCCAAGCCACCUCCGAUAUCAAAAUUUGGUCGCCCUCCCGAUGGUUCCUUCGCUCUAUCUUUCAGCAGGGCAUCAACCUGGAUAGCCAAGGCAAUAUCCAUGGUCUUGCGGUCCUAGCAUUAUGA